GGCGGGCGGAUCGGCCCUCGGCGUCUGCGUCAUGGAAGGUGGGCCUGCAGUUAUAGUUUGGAAAAUAAGACUUCGAAGCGUUAACUCUUACACACAAGAAGCAUAGUAAAUUGAAAACCAUUUAGUGAAGCAAGUUACAGAACCUUUCAGAGAACUGCAAUUUCUUCUUGAGCCAGAUCUGGUGGGGACUCUGCAGGUGCCUGGUGAAAGCAUUUUUGAGUAGUGGAGGCCUUUUCUUCCCUUGGAAAUCUGCUUCAACUCUUCAAGAUUUCAGCUCUCGAACAUCUUCAAAUAAAGAAGUGGUUAUAAAGAGCGAUCAGCAGAAUAAUGGAGAUACAAAGCCAAUGCAGAAUUUCACAAUACCAGUCACACAGGCUCUCAACUACAGUCUGAGCAGACAAAGACAUUUAGAAAAAGAACCUUGGAAUGCAUUCAGUUAUUAUAACCCGGUUAAUAUCUCCAUGGAUGGAAUUCCCUGCAUUCUCUUCUGGGCCAAAAGAAUAACAAUUAAAUUUAAGAAUCAGACCUGGCUGGACCUUACAGAGGAAGCUUUUGGCCAGAAGGCAACAGUAGAUGCUGGCAAUUCAAAUUGCAGUGAAGAAAGUGCCAUGUUGUCUCUCAAGUUUGGUGAUGCUGGAAAUCCCAAAGGUCUUGAUAUAAGAUUCACCCUUACCAAUUACAUCCAGAGCUGGUUUAGUUUGCACCAAGUUGAGAUUAUUUUCAGUAAUUCAGUUCAAGCAUGUUUUAAUGCAACUGGCAUAUAUGCUCCGUCAAGUUACUCCUACCACUGCCAACGUGUCAGUAGCCUGCAGCGGUACUAUGCCCUUUUGUUGCCCAGUGACACCAAUGAUAUGUCAAGCCUGUGGGAGGUCACUUUUGUUGAUUUCCAGAUCCAAGGCUUUACCAUCAAGGGGGAACAAUUUGCCAGAGCUCGAGACUGUGCCUCUUCCUUCUCGCCAGCAAUUCUGAUUGGCCUGGCAAUGUCUCUGAUCCUGCUGCUGGUGUUGGCGUACGCCCUGCACAUGCUUAUCUACCUGCGGUAUCUGGACCGGCACUACAAUUUCUUCGCCUCUCCGGCCCACUUCCCUCAGAUGAAAGCUCGAGAUGUAGCAGAAGAGAAGGAGCUGCUCAGGAGCCAGGGAGCCGAAUGCUAUGAACUGAGAAGCCAACAGAUAUGCAAGAUUUAUGUUUAACAGCACAGGUCCCUCUCCCACACGAAGUCCACAAUAGGCCCUGAAAGCAGCUGUUUGUAUUCUUUGCUGUUUGACUUGCAAUAUAAGGUUUUCACCAAAAAACUUGAUUUUUUUUAAAACAAAUGCAUGCAAAGACUACAUCUUGGAGCAUCCACUGGCCUUCUUAGAUAGACUUGGAGCAAUGAAAAAGGUAUCUCAGGAAUCCCACAGAGGUCAGUGUUAUUGCUGCCCCAAAGUUCUUGAAAGCAAAAGAAUAUAGCAAGUUAAGGAGACCCCC